CCCUCACUGAUCACUCACUCCCCCAGCCAAGUGCAAAAUGGCGGCUACUGUUGCGUUGACUGCAACGGCCUCGCAGGGGCUGCGUCGGUUGCAGUUGUUCCGUGCAAAGGCAGGGUGUGUUUAGUGAAUGUUGGGGCUUUCCCUCACUUCAGAGGGCUGAAUUUACAGCAGGGGCCAGCAGCUCUGUUUCGAAACUUUCACUUCACAGUUUAUGGACAUAAAAAUGUAUCUGCUAAAGUAUCUGACUCAAUUUCAACACAGUAUCCUGUAGUGGACCAUGAAUUUGAUGCCGUUGUGGUGGGUGCAGGUGGUGCAGGUUUGCGAGCUGCUUUUGGCUUGUCUGAAGCUGGAUUUAACACAGCAUGUGUUACAAAAUUGUUUCCUACUAGAUCCCAUACAGUUGCUGCACAGGGAGGAAUCAAUGCUGCUUUGGGAAAUAUGGAAGAAGAUAACUGGAGGUGGCAUUUUUAUGAUACUGUUAAAGGCUCUGACUGGCUGGGAGACCAGGAUGCAAUUCAUUACAUGACUGAGCAUGCCCCUGCUUCAGUUAUUGAGCUGGAGAAUUAUGGCAUGCCAUUUAGCAGGACAGAAGAAGGGAAGAUCUACCAACGAGCCUUUGGGGGACAGAGCCUUAAGUUUGGGAAAGGGGGACAGGCUCAUCGGUGUUGUUGUGUGGCUGACAGGACAGGACAUUCUCUGCUGCACACGCUUUACGGCCGGUCUCUCAGGUAUGACACCAGUUACUUUGUGGAAUAUUUUGCCCUGGACCUCCUUAUGGAAAAUGGUGAAUGUCGUGGUGUGAUUGCACUUUGCAUAGAAGAUGGCACCAUACAUCGUUUAAGAGCCAAGAAUACAGUCAUUGCUACUGGAGGGUAUGGGCGUACCUAUUUCAGCUGCACAUCUGCACACACUUGCACGGGAGAUGGCACAGCAAUGAUCACACGGGCUGGCCUUCCUUGUCAGGAUUUGGAGUUUGUGCAGUUCCAUCCCACAGGGAUCUAUGGUGCUGGCUGCCUUAUUACAGAAGGCUGUCGUGGCGAAGGAGGCAUUCUUAUUAAUAGUGAAGGUGAACGAUUUAUGGAGAGAUAUGCUCCAGUUGCCAAGGAUCUAGCUUCCAGGGAUGUUGUGUCUCGUUCUAUGACUAUUGAAAUCCGCGAAGGCAGAGGAUGUGGACCUGACAAGGAUCAUGUGUACUUGCAGUUACACCAUUUGCCACCUCAACAGCUAGCAAUGCGUCUGCCAGGGAUUUCGGAAACAGCUAUGAUAUUUGCUGGAGUGGAUGUCACCAAAGAACCUAUUCCUGUUCUGCCCACUGUGCAUUACAAUAUGGGAGGUAUCCCUACAAACUACAAAGGACAGGUGAUUACACAUGUAAAUGGCAGAGAUCAAGUUGUACCUGGUUUGUAUGCUUGUGGUGAAGCAGCCUCUGCCUCUGUUCAUGGUGCUAAUCGUCUUGGAGCAAACUCUCUCUUGGACUUAGUGGUCUUUGGCCGUGCGUGUGCUCUUACUAUUGCAGAAUCCUGUAAACCAGGAGAACCAGUUCCAUCAAUUAAACCAAAUGCAGGUGAAGAAUCUGUAGCAAACCUUGACAAAUUGCGCUUUGCCAAUGGAAGCACAAGAACUUCAGAUCUGAGGCUUAAUAUGCAGAAGACAAUGCAAAGCCAUGCUGCUGUGUUCCGUACAGGACCUGUCCUACAGGAAGGUUGUGAAAAAAUUAGCAGCAUCUAUAGCGACUUGGAUGAUCUAAAGACAUUUGACAGAGGAAUUGUCUGGAAUACUGACUUGGUGGAGACUUUGGAACUACAAAACCUGAUGCUCUGUGCUUUACAAACUAUUUAUGGUGCGGAAGCUCGGAAAGAGUCACGUGGUGCUCAUGCUCGGGAGGACUACAAAGUAAGGAUAGAUGAAUACGACUAUUCCAAACCAGUCCAAGGACAACAGAAGAAACCAUUCGAACAGCAUUGGAGAAAGCAUACUCUCUCUUAUGUAGAUGUCAACACGGGGAAGGUUACUUUAGAAUACAGACCUGUAAUUGACAAAACCCUGAAUGAAGAAGACUGUGCUACAGUUCCACCUGCAAUUCGCUCCUAUUAGUGAUUUCAUUCAGCUUCAGUUAUCGUAUUGUCUGGAAAUGUCUUGGUAUAGGUGGACAUCAUACAUUUUCAAGCAACUGUUAUUCAUGAUAUGAGGUGUAGAUAAUACACUAACUCUGAGAGACCUCUUCAUAGCAGCAUAGUGCAGGAAGAUUUAUGUCCUGGGUGUUGCUUCACGUGUAAUAGAUUUGGCAAUACACAGUUCAUGCCUCAAUAAAGCAAAUAGUAUCUUUGCAUGCAAAUCGAUUUCUAGCUAUUUUUUGUUAUCUUACGCUCUGGACACCAAAUAACAUUUGAAGGGCAUGUGCAGUAUGGUUAUUGAAAACUACAGAUUGUCUGUUUAAAAGAAACAGCAGCUUUUAGGGCAUAAUCCAGUUGAAAUAUGUGCACUGAUAUAAAAAAGUUUAAACAUUUAGUUAUGGCUUUAGAAUGUUGUCAUUCUCUACCUUCUACAUUGUGUACUAUUCAGAAAGCAUAACAGUGAUAAUUGUAAUUUAAGCUGUGUUUGGGGGGGGAUUACCAUAGCAGUUGUGUUAAAGCUCAGUAGGGCUUUUCAGUUUCUUGGGAGAUACUAAGUAUUCUAAAAAGCAAUUUCUCUCAAGUAUCUUUACCAAGGCAAUGAGCAGCACAGCAUUAUUGCUAAAACAUCUGGAGGUGUAUACCAUAAAUGUAUUUUACGACAGUCAUAUUAAAUCUAGCAUUUGAUACCCAA